AUGGACGCCAUGAGUCGGGCCUUACGAAGAGCUGCUCGGUCACCAUUCUCAAAUGAAAUUGAACAGGCCCUUAUGCCGAGUUGGUUUACUCGGCCACCAUUUUAUUCCUACGAUGGGAAAACAGACCCUGUGGAGCAUGUCAAUCAUUAUAUCCACAUGAUGUCUUUGGAUGCACACAAUGAUGUGCUGAUGUGUAAGGUAUUCUCCUCUAGUCUCGGCUCCACGACCUUGAGAUGGUUCAAUGGAUUACGAAAAGGUUCCAUUCGCAGCUUCGCUAAGUUGAUACAGGAGUUCGGCGCUCGAUUUGUGACGUGCAGCCAAGUGUCGCAACCAAUGGACGCACUACUUUCCAUAAAAAUGAGGGUCGACGAAACCUUUCGGAGUUAUGCCGGUCGAUAUUGGGAACUAUACAAUGAGAUCGGUGGGGGAAAUGAGAAGAUUACGGUAAACACCUUCAGGAUGGGGCUUCCUGAAGAUUCUGAACUACAGGAGUCAUUGACGAAAAGACCCCCCGAGGAUAUGAGGCAACUUAUGAGGCGUAUUGAGGAGUAUAAGCGUCUCGAAGAUGAUCGGCUGCAAAAUAAGGGUAAGGCCCCGUUGCUCGGUCGAUCUCGGCAGGCAUUUUUCCGACAAGACCAAAAAAGGAUUUCAGGAUGCAGGAGCCAGAAGCGCAAAUUGAAGGAGUGA